UGAUCAAACAUUCUGCACUCCCGGAAGUUGAGGGCUUCGGUUCCUAGGGGACGAUUUUCUGAACGGACUCGGGACUGGGGGAGAGUCCUUGUCUAUGAAAUGCAGUUAUCUCAACAGCUGGACUUGUUUCCGGAGUGCAGGGUGACCCUUUUGUUGUUUAAGGAUGUGAAAAAUGCAGGAGACUUGAGAAAAAAGGCCAUGGAAGGAUGUAUUGAUGGUUCUCUGAUAAACCCCAGUGUGAUUGUCGAUCCAUUUCAGAUACUUGUGGCAGCGAACAAAGCCGUUCAUCUCCACAAACUGGGGAAAAUGAAGACAAGAACUCUGUCUACUGAGAUCAUCUUCAACCUCUCCCCAAACAAUAAUAUUUCAGAGGCUUUGAAGAAAUUUGGCAUCUCAGAAAGUAACACUUCAGUUCUGAUUGUUUACAUUGACGAUGGAAGCAAACAAGUGGACCAGGAACACCUCAUAUCUCAAGUGGAAGGCCAGCAGGUGCCUUUGGAAAGUCUUCCAGAAAUAACAAGGCUCUCAGAAGUCAAGAAGAUAUAUAAACUCUCAUCCCAAGAAGAGAGGAUUGGAACGUUGUUGGAUGGUAUCAUUUGUAGAAUGUCAACAAAGGAUGUUUUAUAAGAUGUUUAAAAUGUCAACAGAAGCCAGGCAGUGGUGACGCACGCCUUUAAUCCCAGCACUUGGGAGGCAGAGGCAGGUGGAUUGAGGCUAGCCUGGUCUACAGAGUGAGUUCCAGGACAGCCAAGACUACACUGAGAAACCCUGUCUUGAAGAAAGAAAAAAAAAAACAAAAAACAAAAAAAAAUUUUUUAAAUGUCAACAGAAAAUUGCACAGUUAACCACUAGCUUUUCUUUCCUGGUUAUAAAAUUAACAUAUCCAUCACAGGAAAAUGGAAGAAGAUACCACUACCAGCCCCACUUUCUUGCUUCUUAAGUUCACCACUGUUACUGGUUUUGUCAUUGUCGUCUAGUCUUCUGCUUGCAUUUCAAGACAAUUCAUUUUUAUACAAUUGGAAUAAAAAGCACAAGCACCGAGAGUAGGCUGUGGUGUUCAAGGCUCUUCCUCAGGGGUCCUUGUCCCUCACCUGUACUUCCUCUGGCUUCUCCACAUUGCCCUUCUAAGCUCUGGAUCCUGAGCAUUUUGUGCAUAAAAAUUUCUUUAACUCUAAGCCAGGUGUGGUGAGUCAUUACAGUCCACUACUCAGGAGGCUGAGGCAGGAGGAAGACACAAGUUUGAGGUCAGCUUGGGAUAUGCUGCAAGUUCCAGAUCAGCCUAAAGUACUAGGUCAAAUACUGUCUCAAUAAAUAAAUAGCAAUUCAUUUAACUCUCUUAGCCACUUAUUAGGUGGCUCUAUCUUUGUGCCCACUUUAUACAAGAGGCAGCUAAGAGUAUAGCAAUGUUAACUGACUAGCACAGGGUCAUGUAACUAGUAUAAAGCCAUUUUUGAUGCUUCCUUUCCCCUUCACUUUAUCUUGUUUUUGAUUGUAUCCAUCAUGAUAGGCUUGGUCAAGGGCUAGCAAAGCUCUGUGAAAAGCUACAUAAGUACUUUGCUCCUCAAAGGCCAUCUGAUUCCUGCUGUAGUUACUCAAUACCACCUUUGCAGUCUGAAAGCAGCUACAGAGGGCAGGGACAUAGUGAGUGGCCUCUGUCCAGUACGCCCUGAUGUGGGUAAGCAGUGGGCAGCUCUGGAGUUGAGGCUGUGGACUCCAGAGUUGGUUAGGAUACAGUGACAGUCAGGCCCUAAGGCUCACCGGCUGAGUACUGCAGAAGGAAACAUUUUGUUGGCUUUAAGGCAAUAGGGGUCAGAGGGCUUCAGGGGCCCUCCCUCUGCUGGUCCUUCCCAGCCUGGGCUUUGAGGUUACUGCGCAGCUGGACAGAAACUCUGGGGAGGGCAGAGAAGCAUAGAAGCAUUCACAUGGGAGUCAACUCUUCAUUCAUACAAGUUCAAAAAUGGUGACUCUUAUGUACUUCCCACAAGCACAGUCAGUUCUGCCCCUUCAGUUCUAGAGGGGUCUAGAGCUCCUAGUUUUCAAAGCCAGGUGCCCUCUCAUAGUGCAGUUCUGGGAUUGUUUGCUAGGUUCCCAGUAUUAGUUUGAAUAUGCUUGACCCAGGGAAUGGCACUGUUAGGAGGUGUGGCCUUGUUGGACUAGGUAUGGCCUUGGCAGAAGUGUGUCGCUGUGGGCAUGGGUUUUAAGAGCCCCUCCUCCUAGCCACACUGGAGCCAGUCUUCUCUUAAAGGCCUUCAGAUGAAGAUGUAGAACUCACAGCUCCUCCUGCACCAUGCCUGCCUGGACAUUGCCAUGUUCCUGCCUUGAUGAUAAUGAACUAAACCUCUGCAUCUAUAAACUAGCCCCAAUUAAAUGUUAUCAUUAUAAGA